GGGGGGGCUUACGGGGUGGGCUUGUUGUGAAUGAGCGUUAGCAUGACGUCAGCAAAGCAAUGUCAACAAUGCAGGAGAAAAAAAAAAAAAGGCGUCACAUUCUCCACGCACGGAGCCGUGUCCGUCCGCCACACGCCGACUGAUGCCGAGCUUCCAAGUCAUUCCCGAUCUCGGGAGCAGGGCGGGAUUAGCCGGGAUGCAGAUGGAGUUGGACUUGUGAGAAGCUACCGCGGGGGCGAGCGAAGCAAACACAGAGAAAAAAGGGAGGGCCGCAGAAAGGGAUGUCGGCUGGCGAUGAACAGGACGCUGGGGCAGCAGUGCCGGUAUAUGUGUACGAGUCCAAAGUCCACUGCGCCAACGUGCUCCUGAGCCUGGAGGAGCAGCGGAGACGGGGCAUCCUGUGCGAUGUCACCGUGCUGGUGGAGGGUAGGGAGGUGCGAGCCCACAGGGCCGUCCUUGCUGCCAGCAGCCGCUACUUCCUGCAAGCCUUGUGGGGGCACAACGGGCCACCGGGUGAAGCAGAGCCAAUCAUUAAUCUCCCAGACAAGGUGACUGCGAAGGGCUUUGCCCCUCUGCUCCAGUUUGCCUACACGGCUAAGCUAGUUUUAAGCCGGGAUAACAUCCAUGAGGUCAUCCUUUGCGCCGACGUCCUGGGCGUUCACAACUUGGAGGACUCUUGUUUUCGCUUCCUGCAAGCCCAGCUGCAGAAUGACAGCCAGCUGAGCAGCAACGGCAAGUCGGAAUACCGUGAUGAUGUCCGAGCCGACGAGGAAGCGUCGUAUUCCGAUGAUUCUACAGAGAGCAGGCAGCAGAAAAGUCAUGUAGCAACCAACAAGCCACUUCCUGUAGAUCUUCCUAAAUAUAGCAACUAUCAGUACCAGCACAAUGGCGGCAUUCAUCAUCAUCAUGAUGAUGAUGAUGACCAUACCUCAGCCGCCACACCUCUUAGCCCCUCCAGGAUCAAAGAGGAACCCGUUUUUGAGGACGAAGAACAUGACGGGAAUAGAUACAACACGGAACUGUGUACAGAAGAAGUACUCGAGAUGGAAUUAGAAGUGGAAGCGGUUCCGGUAGCAGUGGAGAAUUCUCCGAGCAGGGGCUCGCCGUCCUCCUGCCUGCGCUCCUACCUCCAAAGAGGAGGUCUGGAUUUGAGCGGAAUGCCGAGCAGCACCAUCGAGCAGCUCCUCACUAACAGACUGUCCCUCAACCACUACAGCAGGGAAGCAGGGAAGGAGAGGCUGAAAGACAAAAGGGAAAGCGUGGGAAACCUCAUUGCGGAUGUGGCGCCAGAAUCCCUGAGCAACAUGGACAGGAGCCCGGAAAGACCGUUACCUUGCGCCUCGUCGGCAAAACCCGAAACGGAGAUAGACAGACGGAGCGUUAUUUUCUCUUCAUCCGCCAGGGAGCAGCAAAUGUUGGCUCAAUAUGGGAAUGGGAAGAUCUCCGGCUUGCUGCAGGUAGCUACACCGUCUCCUGGGAACACGUGUCGCGGUCCCGUCAAGACCUCGACGCAUUCCCCUGCGCCGUCUGAACCCCGAACACAGACUUCCAGUUCCCAUUCUUCCUUUUCCUACCCGGAGGACGGAGGAAGUGGCAGCCCAUCGUCCAGCCUGCAGCACUUCGACUUGUCCCUGUCACCGCAGUCGGGAUCCAUCUCCGGAUUGGCUCAAUGCCUCGCCGGGACGCUGGAGCAAAGGGACCACCACGGUCCAGACCUCGUCUUUUCUCAGGGUUACGCCAACAUCAAAAGUGAGCAAGGAUUUGGAGCCAGUGGUGAAAACUCCAGCGACGAGUCAGGGUCUUUCUCAGAGGGGGACAGCGAAAGCGGUCUCACCAGAGUCUCUGGACCCGAGGUCAAGCUCCCUUUCCCCGUGGACCAGAUCACCAACCUGCCGCGCAACGACUUCCAGAUCCUCAUCAAAAUGCACAAGUUGACCUCAGAGCAGCUGGAGUUCAUCCACGACAUCCGCCGCCGCAGUAAGAACCGCAUCGCCGCCCAGCGCUGCCGCAAGAGGAAGCUGGACUGCAUCCAGAACCUGGAGAGCGAGAUCCGUAAACUGGUGUGUGAGAAAGAGAAGCUGCUGAGCGAGCGCAACCAGCUGAAGGCGUGCAUGUCGGAGCUGUGGCACGACCUCUCCUUCCUGUCCCAGCAAGUGUGCAGAGACGUGCAGGGCGGCCAGCCGCCUUCCGCCGCCGCCGCCCACCUCGCGUCCCGGCCGCCUUCGCCGUCGUUCCAGGCCGAGUCUCCUCCGGGAAACAAAGGCGCGUGUUUAUCGGGGGACGUGGAGCUGUCGGCCGGGGCCAACGGACCCCUGCUGUUUGAGUCGACACUUGACGUCUCGGGCUCUUCCGUCACGGUGGAUUUCUGUCAGGAAAUGAUUGAGAAAUGCACCACGGCGGAACAGAAGAGACACGACGGUACUUAGCGAGCGGCCUGCUGGAAAAUUGUGAACGGGAAUGUUCCAAGAUGUUUUUUGUCCUCUCAGCAAUACUCUUCCACAGGUAUUUUCCGGACUGGCAGCUUUGUGUCAUCCUGACGUUAUCUUCCUGGUAGCUUCCCUCCCUCCUACGUGCAAACUCAGGAAUUUAGCAGAAUGUUCACCCGAGUCCUUUCCGACAUCUUCCGGUUUUCACCUGCCCAACGCUUUGGGAAAUAACUUCCUUUUCUUUCUUGAUGGGAAAUGUGCGGACGGGAAGGAUGGGAUGAGGGAAUGCCGCCGGGAAGACGUGUAAACCUGUUUGCGUUCUUCCGAAGCCGAAACGCUACAUCAGUCCAACUCCUUCAUGUAGAGUUUUCCAAGGCUUUCUUUGGGAAUGCGGCUUCUUGAGGCUUCUUUGUGCCCCCCCCAUGAUUGACCAUCCAAGAAACUGGCUUGGGGGGGCUUAUGUUGUAAAAACGGGAAGAGUAUGAUACUCACCGGACCCGACACCGUGACUAAAGAAAGUCAUUGUUAGAGAAAAUUCAAGUCCGUCUGAUCCACUUGGAGUUUUAGCAGCUAUUGAGUAUUAGUACGCGUCAAUACGCUUAUUACUUCAUGAUGAUACAUAAUAUUUGAAGCAUCCUACUAUGAUAGUACAACGUGUACAGCAGGGGUCUCAAACUCAAUUUACCUGGGGGCCAAAAAAAUCUAUAUAUAUAAAAAAUAAAAAAUAAAAAAAAUAUAAUAAAAAUAUUAAUAAAUAUUAAUUAUAUUAAAUAUUAAAAAUUGAUAUAUAUAUAUAUAUAAUAGUCUUCAAUGCUUCUGCUAUACCCUCCACUUUUUCAGUGCUUUGCAAAAGCUCUGAUAAAACAUUAAAUUAUAAUAAAUUAUUAUAAAUUAAUUUUUAUUUAUUAUUAAAUUAUUAAAUAAAUGUUUAAUGUUAAUUUUUAUUUUUCGACACAAAAUAAGAUGGAAAAACAAAUAAGCAAAUCAAAAAACAAAUGAAACAAAUGAACAAAUUAAUUUUGAUUUAUUAUUCAAUUAUUAAAUAAAUGUUUAAUGUUAAUUUUUAUUUUUAGACACAGAAUAAGAUGGAAAAAUAAAUAAGCAAAUCAAAAAACAAAUGAACAAAUAAAUUUUUAUUUAUUAUUAAAUUAUUAAAUAAAUGUUUAAUGUAAAAAAAAUUUUCGACUCAAAAUAAGAUGGAAAAAUAAACAAGCAAAUCAAAAAACAAAUGAAACAAAUACAUUUUUAUGUAUUAUUAAAUUGUUAAAUAAAUGUUUAAUGUUAAUUUUUAUUUUUCGACACAAAAUAAGAUGGAAAAAUAAAUAAGCAAAUCAAAAAACAAAUGAAACAAAUGAACAAAUUAAUUUUUACUUAAUAUGAAGUUAUUAAAUAAAUGUUUAAUGUUAAUUUUUCAACACAAAAUAAGAUGAAAAAAUAAAUAAGCAAAUCAAAAAACAAAUUAAACUUUCAUAUCAAGGCGGGGGCCUCAAACUAGCAUCCCGCAUUUGGCCCGCGGGCCGCAAAUUUGAGACCCCUGCUGUACAGCAUCCUUGUACUGCUAUGAUAGUACAACAUGUACUACAGCAAGCAUCCUUGUACCGCAAAGGAUGGCUAGCCUGUUUGUUAGCAUCAUGGCCGACUAAAAGACGAGCAUCCAUCCAUGGAGAAGCUUCCCUCCUCGCUUCCGUUGCUUCUUUCCCAGGAAAGAAAGGAAGUUUAUUUCCCAAAAGCCUCACCAACUAUUCACCAAACAUGAAAAUGUUAUUUUGGACGGAAUCUACUCUGGUUAUGCAAACGUCUUUUUUUACUCUACUCUGAUGUUUCUACCUGUAUUUACAUACUUUUUUUUACAUGUUUCCAUAUCUUUUAACAUGUUUUAUCCAUGGUUUAUAUGUUUCUUCAUCUUUCAUUAUGUAUUUAUAUGUUUUAUCCAUAUGUUUCUAUGUGUUUUGACAUGUUUUAUCCAUAUUUUAAUAUGUUUUGUUAUGUGUUUUGACAUGUAUGUUUUGAUGCAACAGUGCCUCCAAGAGGUGACAGCCGGUACUGAUGAUGAAUAUUGGGAGGAUCAGAGCAAAUGUGGCCCAGGUUCUGUGAGACCGGAAGGGAGAUUCCGUGUUUGCUGUGCGUUGAGGAGACCUAAAAACAGGAAAAAAGAGGCAGCGGGAAUGGGAUGCGACGAUAAAGCGUUCCGAACUUCCAAAAAGCGGCAACAAAGGCUCCAUUUUUCCACAACGUGACCUGCAAAUGCAGCAAUCCACAGCUACAUUGUUGUUGUUGUUGUUGUUGCCAUAGUUACAUGCUAGCCUCUAGGCAGCUAGGUGAUGCAUUCCUUCUCCAGCAGGAGUAGGAAACCUUGUUGGAGGUUUCUGGAGGUGUGUCCCAUGGUGUGCGUUUUGUAUUUUGAACCCCAGAAACAUCAACUACAGUUGUGUUCCUGCCUCAUAAGGAUUAUGGAUAAUGGGCAAAAUUCCAGAAAGAUGAGAAGCGUGUCCUUGGAGGUGUCUGAAGGUCAUGAUUCGACCUCACCAAGCAAUCCACUGGCGCUAGUCGCUGCUGUUUGUUAUGUUUCCUCCAUGAGAUGUUUGUACCUUUGUAUGAGCUAAGGUGUUAGCUUUGAUUGUUUCCAAGAUGUUUUGUUUUGGAUUAGGAUUGUUUCCAAGAUGUCUUGGAAUGAUGCCUUCCGAUUUGAAAGGAUGCCAAAAUACUCAGUCACAUGACCUGCCAAACACCACAGCAGACUCGGAAGUGGAUGUUUGGUUCUGUUUGGAGCUGUCCCGGCGUUAGUUUUGGAUUAGGAUUGUUUCCAAGAUGUCUUGUUUUGGAUUAGGAUUGUUUCCAAGAUGUUUUUUUUUGGAUUAGUAUUGUUUCCAAGAUGUCUUGGAAUGACGCCUUCCGAUUUUUGACAGGAUGCCAAAAUACUCGGUCACAUGACCUGCCAAACACCAUGUUUGGAGCUGUCCCGGCGUUAGCUUUGGAUUAAGAUUGUUUCCAAGAUGUCUUGUUUUGGUUUAGGAUUGUUUCCAAGAUGUCUUGUUUUGGAUUAGGAUUGUUUCCAAGAUGUCUUGGAAUGACACCUUCCGAUUUUUGAAAGGAUGCAAAAAUACUCGGUCACAUGACCUGCCAAACACCACGGCAGACUCGGAAGUGGAUGUUUGGUUCUGUUUGGAGCUGUCCCGGCGUUAGUUUUGGAUUAGGAUUGUUUCCGAGAUGUUUUGUUUUGGAUUAGGAUUGUUUCCAAGAUGUCUUGGAAUGACGCCUUCCGAUUUUUGAAAGGAUGCCAAAAUACUCAGUCACAUGACCUGCCAAACACCAUGUUUGGAGCUGUCCCGGCGUUAGCUUUGGAUUAGGAUUGUUUCCAAGAUGUUUUGUUUUGGAUUAGGAUUGUUUCCAAGAUGUUUUUGUUUUGGAUUCGGAUUGUUUCCAAGAUGUCUUGGAAUGACGCCUUCCGAUUUUUAAAAGGAUGCCAAAAUACUCGGUCACAUGACCUGCCAAACACCACGGUAGACUCGGAAGUGGAUGUUUGGAGCUGUCCCGGCGUUAGCUUUGGAUUAGGAUUGUUUCCAAGAUGUCUUGUUUUGGUUUAGGAUUGUUUCCAAAAUGUCUUGUUUUGGUUUAGGAUUGUUUCCAAUAUGUUUUUUGUUUUGGAUUAGGAUUGUUUCCAAGAUGUCUUGUUUUGGAUUAGGAUUGUUUCCAAGAUGUUUUGUUUUGGAUUAGGAUUGUUUCCAAGAUGUCUUGGAAUGACGCCUUCCGAUUUUUGAAAGGAUGCAAAAAUACUCGGUCACAUGACCUGCCAAAACACCACGGCAGACUCGGAAGUGGAUGUUUGGAGCUGUCCCGGCAUCCCGGCAGUGACAUUUCCGCAAUUCACUCACACCCCCCCCCCCCCCUCCCAACUCACCCCCCAUGGAGGAAUGUGACGGAGAAAGCUACAACAAUCACACUGGUGCAUUAUUCAGUUUGAUGGCGGCACGAUGGCGGCGCCACUGUUUCCUGUCGAUGACAGCAACGUGUAAAUCUUGGAAUUUUUAAUUUUUUUUUGUGUAUCUUCUACUUUCCUUGCUAAUGUGAACUUUAUUUAUUUGGGGGUAGGUGUUGCCAGAUGGUUGCCACCCGUUCUGCUUGUUGUUAAUUUCCCGAGUUUUAUUUCCUGGUUUCCUUAUGAUGAGUCAGCAUGUUUACACUAGAACUGUACUGUGUGUGUUUUUUUUUUUCUUGUGUAAAAGUAAGAUCCCGGAUUUUUUUAUUUUUUAUUUUUUUUACUACGUUAUCUUAAUCUUGAUGAAUUUGUAAGAAAAAAGAGUGCAGCUACAUUUUCUUGCCUUAGACGUUCCAAGCGAACCAAGAAGGUUAUAGACUUGAUUUUUUUUCCGCUCUGAUCUGAGACCAGCGGAGACUCCAAUCUUCUCCCAUCUUCCUGUGUGUAAAUAAUGGAAGAACCAAAUGCUCGAACAGGAAGCAGGUCAUCUUUAUCAUCAGCUUGUUUAGUGAAGAAGUUGAGAUGUUCCUCAUGAGUUUAUUUAUUUCAGAUGGAUCAUGUAUAUUCCCGUUUUUUUUUUUUUUUUAAAUCAUCGGACUCGGUAUUCUUUUGCUGAUAUCCAUCAAAAAAAGGCCGAUGACAGCAACUGCCUUGCUCAUGAGUGUGAGGAUUCGCCAGUCGGUUAUGCGCUGUGUCAAUAUGAUAUCAGUGAGACCUCGGAAUUCAGCACAACGAUCGAUACCGACCGGAAAUUAACACUUGCAAUGCCUUCUAAAGACGAAACUUAAGUAUUCAAGUGAUUUGUUUACAAAGAAUCUGGGAUUGGGAUUGGGACUUUCGGGAAUCUUUCAACCUGGUUGAAGUGACGUGAAACGUAUCUACCUGCAGAAUUCCACAUACCUCUCCCUACGGCUAAGAAGUGUACGAUAAAUACUUUGCUGAUGUUUUUAGCGUGCUAAUAUUGUUGGACGUAUUUCGGAGGGCUUGUUUUUUCGCCAACCAACAACACGACUGUUAAUGCAGACGCAAGCGUUACGCUUCGGCUUUUUUCCAAGCUGCAGAUCACUCAUCUUUUUUCUAAAUGUUCUACGACAUGUCACAUUUAUGUCUUUGAUAUGAAUCUUUUGGUUGAGAAAUAAAAAGAAAAAAAAG